AUGUCCGCCACGACCAAAGACAUACUGACCCACAUCCGAAGCACAUUCAACACACACUCCCCGCCCCAGCUGACAGACCUGCGCCCGCUCAUCGACGUCUACAUAUCCGAGACCGCGCACCUGGAGCCCGAGCUGGACAAUGGACUGCUGGACAUAUACUCCCAGGCCAUCGACCACUCGGACGUAUCGCACAUUGCCGCGUUCAUCGGGGUCCUAUACGCAUUCCGCAUGGUCCUCUCGAGCGCAUCCAUCAUAUCCUGGUUCGACUCUCUCCUGCGUCGCGCGCUACGAGAACCCAGGCUGGACCUCGAGGCCGUUAAACAGGCCAAGGACCUCGUCUUGAUGCCGCUCUACGACGAGUCCGAGACCAAGGCCCAGUUGCUCCGCCGCCGCUUGGUCCAGCUUUACGUGUUGGAUGCGCCCCGGGAGAACGAUAGCGCCGUCGAAACGAUGACGCAGAGCGCGGACGAGCGUGCCAAGAUGGCUGUGUGGAAAACCAACUUGGAGGAUCUCUUGGUUUCCGAUGGGUUCACCCGUCCCAAGGAACUGUUUGAGGAAUUGGAUGUUAGUUUCAAGGCUAACCCCGAGAGUCGGUUGCAACUUUGUAUUCUCCUUAAUCGGUUUUCUCGCUCGCCGCGCAAAGUAUCGAUACCUUUUGUCAAUUCGCCGCUUUUCUCGACGCUGUUGAUUUCUCUCCAAGUCGACCAGUCGACCACGGUGUUUAGUAUUGCCAUUACGUCCCUUAUUAUGCUUCUUCCUGCUUUAGCGGUCGAUGCCCCUGCACAAUUGAAUACUCGACUACCCGCAUUACUAACUAUUCUCGGGAGGAUUGUAUGCUGGAAGUUGAGGAGUGAAGGAAAGGAAGGUCGGAGGUGGAAAGUCAAGCCCGAGCUAGAAUGGAAACGAUUGGACACGACUUUCGAAUCAGCAGCGCCCAACGAAACUCGGCUUUACUUUACAUUCAUGUACGGCCUGUACCCGUGCAACACCAUCGCCUUUCUCAGAUCUCCCGUCACGUUUUUGAGAACACAUGGACAUGCGUCGAUGUUUACUCAUGAUUGGGAUGUGGUAUUGGACGAGGACGAGAUUAAGAGUUGUAGUCGGCCACUAUUACGUGGACAUGUAGUUCAUCCGAGUAUUAUUCUCGCGGAUGCCAAGAGCGAACUUGCAGACUUGACGAGGUGGAAGGAUAAAGAUAUCGCUACCGUUGCUGCGGAAUGCACACUCCUGGACAUCCAAAAUGCUCAAACCUCGGCAGGACACAGUAUUGCAUAUUACAUUCCUCCUACACCCCAAGCAAGCAGCCAUCCAACCCCCCAAGCAAGUGGAAACCAUUCACUCCUUCCGCCGGAGAGUGCGAAACCUGCCAAGAUACCCCUACCACCCAGUCCAGCCGGAUCGACCCAACCGCCGCCACCACCACCGCAGCCCCAACCCCAACCAGCCGAUCCCAGCGCAUCGCCCAAGUCCACAGGAGACCGGAGCGAAAAGUCCCUCGAAAUCAUGAUCAACACCCACGCAACACUAACCGCUCCUCCCGGUCCGCUCUUAUUCCUCGCAGACACCCCAGCACCGGCCGCGCCCGCGAGCACCACCAUGUCCCCUCGCCCGCGGCACGCCAUGGCCGAAGAGGCCCUGUCGAUCCUCCAGCGGGACGUGCUCAUACUCCGGAACCAGCUCAAUUUCGAGAUUUAUCUCAAGGAGCUCGUGCAGCAGCAUGUCGGCCGGUUGCAUCAGGAUAAGAUUGUUUCGAGGAGCGAGGAGGCGGAGAGACAAAGUCUGCAUGUGAAACUUAAAGACUACAAGGCAAAGCUGACUAAAGCUCAAGAAGACCUCGCGACGACCCGGGCCGAGGCGGCUGGGACCAAGUCGAGGCAUACACAAUGGGUGACCGAGUUGCAGGAUAAGCUUACCCGGUUCAGGGAGGAGAAGCGUAGUUGGGCGGCCGAGGCUGUCGAGCUGAGGGGAGAGGUCAAUGAUGCUAGGGCGGCUUUGAAGGCACAGAAUGAAGCACUGGCUGAUGCACUGAACGAGGUGUUCAACCUCAAACAGCAGUUACGCGAGUCGGCGCCCAAGGUGGACAAAAUCGCUGCAUACGAACAGAGGAUAGAUCAGUUGGUCAAGGCACAGGCUCUGAGGGAUGACUCGCCCGAAAUGCGAGCUUACCGCGAAGAUCGUGGCAAGUUGGAUGAAAUGAUCAGUAACUACGCCAAGAUGGAACUUCAGCUCCAGAGUUUACAGCAUGCAAACGAACAGUUGACUGCGCUCCACAAGACUCAGGAAGACGAGCUUAACCACGCAAAUUCGCAAGUGACGGACCUCACACGUCGUCUCGCAUCUGCCACAACUCAGAACCCAUUCUCUCGUUCCGCAAUAAAAGCCGCAGCCGCAGCUCAAGACCAAAUCAACAAACUCGAAGCAGAAAACAAAGAACUGAGCAACAAGAACAUGGUACUCAUGGACGAAAUCGACGAAGUGAAAGCCAUGGUCGAGUUUUUAAGGAGUGAGCGAGUCAAUUUUGGAGCUGGCGGGCCAGGAUCGCCGGUUCAGCGGAUCGUGAGCGGGACAGGCUCGUUGCCUGCCCAGACCCAGUCUGAACCCAUUACCGGAACCGGGCCUUCGCCCAGGUUGGACUCGAGUGCGUUGGCGGAUUUGGCGGAUGCGACGGCUGCCCCUGGUGAAUCGGAUGAUGUGGCUACGACUGCUUAA